UAUACCUGUGUUUUCUUCAAUUUUCAAGAUGGCGGACCAACAAGGUCAAAUAGGCAUCUUUCAUUUUUUAUCACUGUUCGUUGUUGCUGCUUCAAUGCGACUGUUUUUGAUGUAUAGCCCUGCUAACGAAUGGUUUGCAGACAGGAUAGAGCUAAGUACGCCUCUAACCUCUUGGAGUCGAGUACAAGAAGGUAUUGUUCUCUUGAAUAAUGGGAUAUCACCUUAUGCAGGGGAUAUUGUACAUGAGGCACCCUUGGUUGUAACAUUAUUUUAUGGACUAAAGGAUGUCUCAUCUCAAUUCAUUCCACUAAUUUUCAUAGUCAUAGAUAUUGUUAUUGGAUGUCUGUUGUAUAAAGUAGCUGUGUAUAACACAAAAAACCUGCUAACAGAUCAAGAGAGGAUCAAAUCAUCUUUUGCCAAGAAUGUUAGUCCCAUACUACUGACAGAGAAAGAGUUUGAUAACAUUCCAUUCCUUACCACUGCAGUAUAUCUUCUUAACCCCUACUCUGUCAGUACUUGUGUGGCUCAGUCAACAAUCAUCUUCACUAAUCUAGGUUUAACAUUAGCAUUGUUUGGAGCUCUCAAAGGUAGUAGUCCCUUAGCAACACUUGGCAUUGCCUUGGCAACAUAUCACUCACUCUAUCCCAUCAUGCUCCUCGCCCCUGUGACCUUGAUAGUGAUCAAGUAUGAUGAAGGAAGUCAGUUGUCAGGAAUGUGCAAGUGUGGGAUGCUAUUUACAGUGUGGAUUGCUGGAUUGCUUGGCUURUCUUAUUCAUUCUUCAAUUCCUGGGAUUUUAUCAAAGCAACAUAUGGUUUUAUAUUGGGUGUGCCAGACCUAACACCCAACAUUGGUCUAUUCUGGUAUUUCUUCACUGAAAUGUUUGAGCAUUUUAGAGUGUUCUUCCUUUGGGUUUUCCAGAUCAAUGCAUUUUUCUAUUGCAUUCCUUUGACAGUUAGACUAAGAGAACAUCCAAGUUUCUUAGCCUGCAUCUUAUGCUUGAUAAUGGCCAUAAUGAAGUCUUAUCCAGCAUUUGGUGAUGCAGCUUUACCACUAUCCCUCUUGGUGCUAUGGAAACACCUCUUCCCUUACCUGCGCAAUGCGUUCCUGAUCUCGUGCAUGUUGCUCUUCUCAACAUUCCUCGCCCCAGUCUUCUGGUAUCUAUGGAUAUACGCGGGAAGCGCCAAUGCUAACUUUUUCUUCGCUGUCACUCUUGCAUAUUCAACUGCACAGAUAUUGCUUGCUUCAGACGUCUUGUUCGCCUUUCUGCGCCGUGAACGUGACCUGGUCAGAGGUAUCUUUCCUAAAAUUAUCAAUGGUGAGGUCGCUACUAUUACCCUUAAGUAGUAUAGAGAGUCACUCUGUUAAUCAGUACCGUUAGAGUCUGGGUCGAUUGUCUUGUAACAGUAGAGGCUGUUGUGAGGUUUACUAGUCACGAUAGUAAUGACACAAGUGUUCCAAACAAGCUGUUGUAGAACUUAAAAGCUCUAUUUCUCUCCACCAAAAGUUUCUUAGCCUGCGUAGCGGCCCUCGAUAAUCGUGGGGUUAGGAUUCGGAGGUAGACUGGAAAGGAGAGGAGGUAGAUGAACUGAGUGGUCGCAGCAAAUGACUGCGAAUCCCCGUAGCCUGCUUUUUGAACUUUAAAAAAUUAUUUCUCCUCGGAGCGCGUACAGAAAAAAUUCAACAGGUGCUUAGACAAAAAGCAAUUCAUUUGACAAUCGGUCAUCGAUUUUAGAUUUUGAUUGGUUUAGUAAUUUGGCAGAUAUUGAUCGCUCCGAGGGUGGUUGUGAAUUGUAGCGGUCCUGAAAGUUGCUUUUCUAGAGUGACCACCAACGAAUGGAUAGUUUCCCCAAUGGAAUAUAAAAUAUAUAAAAUAAAAUAAAAUGUCCAACAAACAAA